CCCACACCUCGAUUCCAUGGCGACCUUCUCCAGCGUCGUCCUAGCCCAGCCUCCGAUCGCAUCGGUCAUCUUCGGCUUCCAGUUUGGCGUCUACGCAGACGUCGCGUCUCGCUUCCGCGACUUCAACCACCUCGCGGACCGUCUUCCGGACGACACACGGCGGCCGGACAAAGUCGAGUACGCUCUUGACGCGACCUUCGUCACAUGCUAUCCUGUCGACGACGUUGGCUCGACGAAAGGCUUUGCCGCUGCAAGCUUGUGCCUCAGUACGCUGUGCACGCGCGACGCUCGCUUCCCGCUGCACUUGGCGAUUUGCGAAGGUGACUUGGUCGCGACGCAGCGGAUCGUCGCCUGCCGCCCCGACCUCGUGUACCAAGAAGCCAUCGAGGCGGCGCUCAUGACUGGCCAUCUUGAGAUCGCAGACUUUUUACUGCAGACGCACGCUGUCGACCGCAACUUUGACGACGAGACCUUGGGUUGUGUCUCGCGGGCGCUGGACGCCUGGCUGCCCGCCGCGCUGCUGUCGACCAACAAUGCGGAUGUCUUAGCACUGCUGUGGCGUCGCCGCCAACUCGAGUGGCCGGACGGUCUACUGCGUUUGGCCAGUCUCUACUAUGCGCCGCGUGCCAUUGCGUUUUUGUACAAGCACAUGCCACAAGCCGUGUACGUCGGCUUCGUGGACGACGCCGCCGCCCAAGGUCUCUUGGAGAUCGUCAUCGACCUCGUCGCGCAAGGUGCCAACUGCACUUUGGCCGCACUGGACGCGGCCGCUACGAAUGGUCAUGUUGACGUCGUCCGCUUCCUCAUUGAGCAGUGCCACCAAGUGCCGUCGCGGACGACGCUUCAGAAUGCGGCGGUGCAUGGACACUUGGCCGUCGUCAUCUACCUGCACGAGCUCGGGACGUUGGAUAAUGCCAUCAUGGCUACGUUCUCAGCCGCCUACUUGGGCCACGACGACGUUGUGCGGUACCUUGUGGCCAAUCGACGCGCGACCGACACUACCGUGCGCGUCGACGCGCCCGUGUCGGACCUAGUGUUCCUCGCCAUGCACUUUCUCUCGCUCGGGUGCUCGCUGGAGAACGCCGCAGAGUACUUUUCAAAAGUCAUCAGAAAGCAAACGUCGGGCAUCCUGGAAAUCGCAGCCUUUUUCAUCGAGCGUGGUGUUGUGCUUGACGCUACCUGGAUGAUCAACGCUUGUGAGCGAGGCGACAUGGACGUCGCCAUCUACCUCCACGACCACGGCGCAGCGUCGGCACCUGAAGCCAUCGACCGAGCCGCGUACAAGCAGCAUUGGGCCAUCGUCGAUUUUCUCAUGGCCCAUCGAAGCGAAGGCGCGACGCUCACUGGCAUCGAGUGUGCCCUUGUGCAUGGUAUGUUUGGAGUGGUCUUGGAGCUUUGGGCAAACCAGCCCGAGCUCCGCGACGACGACCUCUUGCGCAGCUCCAUUGCCAACAACGCCGUCGACGCCAUCGAUUUUCUGCUGGAGGAGGGGGUCGGGCACCCUCGCCAUCUUCUCUCCGACGCGCUCUGCGUGCACAGAGGAUGCCUCGUUUUCGUGGCGUUUUGA